AUGCCCGAAAUUAUCAAUGGUAUUAUUUAUGGAGACCAAAAUUUUAUGAUUCCUUCUCACAUGAAUUGUGGGAAAUUCUUUAUAGAUAAAUUGUUAAAAUCUAAAGAGAAAAUCGCUUUGAUCAAUGGGGCCACAGGCGAGACAAUUACGUUCGGUGAUAUGGUACAGCGGAUAGUGAAUACAGCAGGUGCUUUAACAAGAUUAGGCAUAAAACGUGAUGAUGUGGUCGGAGUGUGCAGUGAAAACAGAAUGGAAUAUUUAAUAACUGCAAUAGCUAUAUGGUGUAGUGGAGCCACUGCAACAUUUCUCAACUCUGGAUAUAGUAAAAAUGAAAUGGUACAUUCCGUAAAUAUUUCAAAGCCGAAAUAUGUAUUCAUGUCUCCUGAUACUUAUAAAAAUUAUUAUGAAACUAUACUCAAUACAAACAUUGUGGAAAAAUUCUUCGCAUUUGGCAGCGCUGUUAGUGAUCCUAAGCUAACUAGUUUUGAUGAAUUUUCUAGAACAUAUGUAGAUGUACAGCACUUCAGACCACCUACAGAUACAAAUGGUUUGGCACGAACGGCUUUAAUACUUUAUUCGUCCGGCACAACGGGUCUUCCUAAAGGAGUGAAAUUGACACACUUCAACUUAAUCACCUCUGGUAGCCAUCCUGACCAAGUGAACAAAGACCUGAGGUGUUUGACCAUAGCGCCGUGGUCUAAUACAGUUGGCAUCAUGUGCACAUUAGAUAAUCUUAAGAAUCAGAGGACUGUCAUUUUCUUGUCAAAAUUCAGAGAAGAACAGUAUCUUCAAUGCAUUGCAACACAUAAGGCUGGGUUAUUAUUAGUCGUACCUCCACUAGUGGUGAUGUUAACGAAAUCAUCCAUUAUACAGAAUUAUGAUACAACAUCUGUAGAAUUAAUGUACUGUGGUGGGGCACCUUUAGAUUUGGCUGUUAUGCUCGAAACCAAGCGGAGGUUUCCUAAUUUAGUUCGUAUUCUCCAAGGCUAUGGUAUGACAGAGUCUACAGGAGUUCUGACCGAAGAAUCAACCAAUAGUUUUAAGGAGGGGAGCGUGGGUAGAGUUGCUCUAGGAAAUAUAGUUAAGGUCGCAGACGUUGAGACUGGAAAGACGUUGGGUCCUCGCCAAGAGGGCGAAGUUCGCAUAAAAGGGCCGUCAUUGUUCGGUGGUUAUAUCGGAAAGAAUAUCAAUGAUGACCUAGACGAAGAUGGAUUCUUCAAGACCGGGGACAUCUGUUACUACGACGAAGAUGGCUAUUUCUUCUUUGUCGACAGAAUCAAAGAAUUAAUUAAAUAUAAGGCUGGACAAGUGUCUCCAUCAGAGCUUGAAGCUCUACUACUUCAACAUCCAGCUGUCAAAGAUGUUGGUGUGGUCGGUAAACCAGAUCCUCUGGUUGGUGAGCUGCCAACAGCCUUCAUCGUUAAGAAACCAGGAGUUCAUGUCACACAGAAGGAGCUAAUAGAUUUUGUCGCUGGAAAGGUAUCAUCGUGGAAACAAUUACGAGGCGGUGUCCAUUUCAUCAAAGAAAUUCCGAAGGUUGCCAGCGGCAAAAUAUUGAGAAGAAUAUUGCGUGACAUGCUCAAGAAACCUGUUAGCAAACUAUAG